AUGACAGCAGAAGGGGGCAAUGACGAGAUGAUAGAAGAAAGCUCGAUCACCGUAUCUUCAGGCAUAGCAGAUGAGAGCGUUGCAUUUCCUAGAGACGGGUCUCCGAAGAAUCAGAAGAAAUCAAGGUCUUGCUUCCCAAAAAGGCUUUGGAUAAAGAGGGAUGUCGAUUAUGACCUAGAUCUGUCAUAUUGCGACAAGAUUCUUAAUAGGUUUAUUUUCCAUGUAAAUACAUUGAAAGAAGGAGGAACAUAUGAAAGAGACAUAAACGAAGAUGCCUUUUACUACAAAUACAUGCCAAUCUCUCCCUGUGAUAUCGAAACCAUUAAAGACUCUCCUGAUCUCCGAGACAAAAUGAGCUGUAGAAGACUAAGAGAAAUGUCUCUUCAGUUGAUUGACCUCUGCAUGAAGCUCAAUAGAGAUGGAGAAGGCCUGAUUGAUCUAGAGACAACUACAUCAGAACUCUCGGAGGAUACCAGAGCUCUCAUCAGAGACUCCAUCCUGAAGAAAAAAAGAAUUUUAAAUCUCUUGCAUAAGGUUAGGAAUUACAUCGGAGAAAUAAUACUUAUGGGAGAGAAGUGCUAUAAUCACAUUGAGAAAUCAAGCGCUAUAGCCUUUAAACAAAUCUUAUCCCUCGAAGAUUAA